UGUGUUCCCCUCCGGUCAGCGUGUAAGAUCUUUUGCUCGUCUGACUUAACAAGUAUAGUGAUGAAUCUAAUUUACAUAUUUUAAACACUGCAACUCGACGAGAAAAGGAGCGCACACACAUAUUAUACACAGUUAAACAACACACGUGUGUAGGAAGCUGCAGAUGGAAACGAAAACGGACAUCUAGGCUUUCCCCAGACACUCUGUGCACUAUGAGAACUACAUGGAGGGAGGCUGGUGACGUAUGGGUGUGUGACCCCUAUAGCGACCCCGGGGGUCAGGGGGACGUACUGGCCCCACCCACAGACAACCAUCAACAAGGAAUAAUGGCUACUACCAACAUCAGGAGGGACAACUUGCACCCUCCUGUAAGAUAUCACCACGCCCCUACUGUACUUUACUCGGACACCCCCUGUCUUUAUCCAGUUAUCCCCAGCCAGGAGUGGAUCAAAUUCGACCUCGCCUACGUGGAUCACAAGCGUCACAAGGCCCCGAGGGACGGGACAUGGAAGGGGAGACAGAGGAGGGCUGCUGUAAUGUUUUAUCUGCUAGGAGUGCUUCUCAUCUUCUUCUCUGUAGCCGUGGUCGUCACUUUCGUUGUCUUCUUAAGUGGAAGGGAUAAUGAGAAGAAGAAAGGCCCUACGUUUUAUGAACCAAAUAUGGAGUUUUCUAUAGCAACCACCUGGGAUGCUCGUGCACUGAACCACACCCCUGUCGUGGUAACACUGACUCGUCAUUCGUCCGGAAAUGACGUCAAAAUACACAUUGAUGCGCCGUUUUUUAACAGCCCUCCAAAUCCCGGGGGUGCGGCCGGACAACCAUUUACUCAGCUUUAUAACUAUGAAGUUGUAGAAGUGCUGUUCCUGAACGACAAGGGAGACUACCUAGAGGUUGGACUCGGCCCACACGGACAACAUUUGGUACGGAUGCUGAGAGGCGAGAAGAACGCAGUGAAGGAACAACUAGCACUUUCCUACACGGCGACGAUUACCGGAGGAAACAUUUGGAGAGGAGAUGCUGUAAUUCCUGGAGAGUAUUUCCCGGAAAAGGUCACAAAGUUCAACGCACAUGCCAUAUACGGAUCAGCUUCCAGCAGAGUGUACGAAUCCCUAUACCCUGUCCCCCGGGGGCAGUACCAGGAUGCAGAUAUACAUAGACUGGCGCACUUCAGGUCCCUCGAGUUCCAGCGUCUUCUCCCACAGAACCACGAGUCCGGCUACAAGUCCUCCAAGUGGAAUUCCAUACAGUGACUUUGAGACAGCGAAAUAUCAGUUUCCUACACAAAACACAGUGUAUAUCAGACCUUGAGAUAGUGGACGUGUGACUCCUGUCUCGACUUCGAGACAGCAGAAUAUUAGCGUACACGCAAUCUAAAGCCUUUAUCACGACUUCGAGACAGCGGACAAGCACACCCUCUCUUGACCUCGAAUAGCUGCAAAGCGUCAAUUAUAUCGCGAAACUGUUGUCAGUACUAAUAAGGAAAUCUAGCUGUCAUAACAUCUAUUCAUUGGCUGGUUGGAAGAAAACUUGAUUCGGGGAAGAAAGAUUGAGAAAUGUGAUUCGGACGUUUCCGAUUAAGAACAGUUUUGAAAACAUCGUAGAUCAAAUAACACUUUUUCCCUAACGAUUCUAGUCAUACAUUUCUUGAAAGUUUUGUUGUGUUGACAAUUAAAUAUCCCGGAUAAUGACUGGACAGUGGACCCCGAAGUAAUUAUCCAGUUUCAUAUUGCCACACUGAAAUGGAUAUCGAAAUAGACUUUGUAAAACCUUUCGCAUCCCUGAAACUCCAGGGGUUACGCCCACUUAGGUUCUCUGUACCCGUGGAAUAUGUCAUGUCGAAGGCACGCGGUAAGGUAUUUGAUUGGUUCCCAACGAAAAGGACAAAUCGUUCGGUUGUCAGAUGUCCCUUCAGAGCAGGUCAAUUUUACCGUUAUGCUGCCAUGCGAUUCUUUUGAUGUACAUCUGUGGUUCAAAUAUAUCAACUUGUAUCAUCCACAAGGUGGUGCGUACAUAGCCUUCAGUUUCGAUAUGACAUAUUUCAGGGGUCCAGUGAACUUCUGCUUUUGCUUAGAAAUAUACGCGGCAAGCCCGUGAACAUAUUUACUCAUUGCACACUUUACUACAUGUAUGUUGAAAUAUUAAAAAUUAAAAUGG